AUUUUUUUGCUGAAGCCGAGUGAGGCAAUAGUGGUGUUUGUGAGCACGGAAAGGCAAAGGAUAAAACAAAACGAAAUAGGUGACAGCCCGCGAUCACCAAGACGUCCAGCGAGACCGAACCGGCCCGUUUUCAGAUGGCUGCAUAUUUGGAUUGUGCCUUGGAUAGCUUUCGCCAGAACUGGUCCAGCAGUGUCCCUUUUCAAAGACAUUUUAUUUAUUUAUUUUUAAGCACUCUUCUCUAUUCCCUUGGUCAUGUAAACAAGUGUGGUAUGUAAAUCCAGCUUUGGAUGCCUUAUCCAAGAGUAAGGCGACCAACCAGAGCUGCACUGGUUCAUGUGGUCCCACUGGCUGCCGGGAGGGAGAUGUGCGCCGCACGUUUGCAUGCUGGGAGCCGGGUUCCUGUGGUGUGCUGGCCGAACUGGGCACAGCUCCUGUGCAGAUGGAGGCUUUUUUUUCUAUCUUUCUUUUCACAAAGUCAGAAUGAGGACACGUCCUUCUCGCGCUCCGCUGCCCAACCACGCGGCACCAAAAUGGCUGCAUCAUCCCCUUUCUUUAUGUUACCAAACGGGCAACUUCCUGUUCAGUGCAAACCUCAAAUUCCCAGGCUGCUGGGUAAUUUUUCACUACCUCUGCCUGCGCUGUACUUUUUGACUUGAUGUUUAGCAUCCUUUAGCCUGCAACUCUUCACCCUUCUCCCGUUCCAGUACUUCUUUCUGUCAUUUUCCUCCCCUGCCUCUACUGUCUGUUUCGCUUUUUAUGAGACUAUAUGCAUGAUUUGCACACAACAGCAGAAGAUAUGUUUGAAUUUUGAAGGUCUUCGACCUUUUGUUUAAAUCUAGCUAUCUGAAAUCAAGAUGCUAUUGAAACUUCACUCAAAAACUUAAAAAGAACAUUCUUUGCGUGUUUAUUAUUCCAGGUUGGGCCCAUUCCGGAAUGCAAUUAUCAAUUCCCAUCCAAAUCAGCAUAUAGAACUGGAGUUGGAAUUUAAGUUUCCCAUUUCUUUCCAAUCCCAAAACCAGUUGCAUUUCCUGCUUUGGAUUGGAAAUGAUGAAUGUAUUCCAGAAUGGCCCAAACCCUGCCCUCUACAUUUAAUAGUAUAAUAAAUAUCUGAGGCAUGUGAAUGUUACUCCAACAAGCAGCAAAUUAGUAUAUUUGUGUUAGGACUUCUUGUGAAAACAUUUUUGUUGUGUUUUUCAUAAAAUCAUAAAGCGAAGUUAUGUUAAUCGCAGCAUAUUUCACAGACUCGUACUUGAAGUCCUUUUGUUCAAAACAGAACUGAAAUUGGAGCUGAAACUACUCUUAUCAGGAGCUGCAACCGACAACUUCAGAUUUUGGAGGCGAUGCGGAGAGAUCAGGGUUCCUUGGGAGGCUUAGCCGACAUGCCGCCGAAUGUUGCUGCCGCUGAUAUUUUCAUUUGCCCCGGUUUUGGUGAGAUGGCCUGCGAUUCUGUCUCUGUUAUGGCUGCCGUCCUCAUUGCACUUCGCUCUGCUGCCAUUCAACCUGCUACUGCUUCAGGAGUGUGAAAUGAGAUCCUCUCUGCUAUCCAUCUCUGCCGGCCAUAAUUUAGUGUUUGUGGUGGCUGCCAGAUGGAGGGCCUUCUCCAGGGACCCCGGCUGUGUGUCGGUUUGAAGUGCUUUCCGUCCGCCCGCACCGGGAGGUCAGGACGGGGAGGCCAGCACGCUCACCCGGACGUGCACAGGGGGCGCAGAGAUUUGCUCACAGAUGGAUUCUCCCGCGCAAGGACACUCCAUCUGCUUAUAACCCCAGAAGCCAAAGACUUGCAUAUAGAGGCUUGUAAACCAGACACUGUCAAAGCAUCAUACUUGCUGUUUACCAGUUUCUGUGGUCAGAUAAGGGUUGUGACAAAAAAAAGUGUGACGCACCACACAGUGCUUGACAAUAUGCAAAUUGGCUUGAGUCACAGUAAUGUCAGGGUCCUGAGUGCCAGCUUUGCAUGACAGCUGCUAAUGCAAACAUUCCGGAAAGAUCUACAGGGUCUUUCACAGCACGGUGAGCUGCGCGUGCUUGCCGGCGGUUUCAUGCACUUUUGUUGCUGCGGCUGUUUGCCUGCUGCAAGGUGCAGCAGUGACCUUUUCACUCGUUUCAGGAAACCGCACGAAAGAGGAAAAACAAAACGACAAAAACAAAACCCAAGUAGCCUAGCUGGACCGGUGCGCUUGCAGUGUGUGACGACAGGAAUGCGAGUGAAAGCAGCGACACUCUUGUCUGAUCUUCAGCUGCGAACAGGAACAGUUAAAAUAAUCCAUAAAUAAGCUCUCAGCUGCAGCUGAAAUUGCAGCCCGGGAGGGUCUGUCUCGAUCGUCUUUCAUGUGGUGGAGAGCUCCUAAUGUUGGCUUAUAGUUGUAUGAUGCGUGGUGGCCCCCCCCAGCUCCUGGGACCCCCCUCUGUCUGAGCCCGUGCUGACGGGGUGGGGGGGUCCUUGACGGCCAUGCGCCUGACUGCACGCCGUGGGGCCACAGGACUGCUGUGCCUCCUGGCAGUCUGCAUCCUGCUGCGGCUCCUCCGGGGGGCGCUAGAGUGCCCGCGUCGCAGACGGAUAGCUGGGGCGCCUUCGGUGUCGGUGCGCGACUGGCAGCACACCGAGUACCGGUACGGGCGCGAUGCCCCGCUGGUGUUUGUGGGUGGCGUGCCUCGGUCGGGGACUACCCUCAUGCGUGCCAUGCUGGAUGCCCACCCACAUGUGCGCUGUGGUGAGGAGACCCGCGUUAUUCCACGCCUGCUGGCCCUCCGCCAGGGUUGGGCGCGGCCCGGACAGGAGCGCCAGCGGCUCGAUGAGGCGGGCGUCAACCAGGAGGUGCUGGACUCAGCUGUGGCUGCCUUUCUGCUGGAAGUGAUCGCGAGGCAUGGGGAACCUGCCCCACUGCUUUGCAACAAAGACCCCUUCACACUGAAAAGUGCUGUCUACCUCUCACACCUUUUCCCCAACUCCAAGUUCCUACUGAUGCUGCGUGAUGGCCGAGCAGCCGUGCACUCCAUGAUCUCACGGCGCGUCACCAUCGCGGGCUUCGACCUGUCCAGCUACCGGGACUGCCUGAGCAAAUGGAACCAUGCGGUAGAGGCCAUGCUGGCGCAGUGCAUGCAGGUGGGCUCGGCCCGCUGCAUGACGGUGCGCUACGAGAGCCUGGUGCUGCAGCCGCGCGCCACGCUGCAGGCGGUGCUGCACUUCUUGGACGUGCCGUGGCAUGAGGGCGUGCUGCACCACGAGGAGGCCAUUGGCCAGCUGGGGGGCGUGUCCCUGUCACGGAUCGAGCGCUCCACAGACCAGGUGAUCAAGCCAGUGAACAUGGAGGCCCUCACACGCUGGGUCGGCCACAUCCCAGCUGACGUCCUGGCAGACAUGGCUGAGAUCGCCCCUAUGCUGAGCCGACUGGGCUACAACCCAAACGCCAAUCCCCCGGCCUAUGGCCAGCCGGACCCCGUGGUGGUCAACAACACUGAGAGGGUGUUGAGAGGGGACUUCAAAACACCAGCCAGUUUGAAAGGACAGCCUGCAGUGUACCUGAAUAGCUCCAACACAGAGAGGUGAAAAGGUUCUGGAAUAUCAGCACCUCUUGCCAGGUGGACCUCACAAGAGGGCCUCGGGCGCUGUCCUGGCCCCAGCCCUCCAUGCACUGACAACCUCCUGUCAUCAGGCAAUGGACUCAAAAUAUCUCACUGCUGAUUUUAUUUUCAUAAUUUUUAUAUAUUUUCAUCACCUUUCAAUUUCGUACUUUUCAUCCUUUUAUACUUUUUUUCUCGACUUAUGCUACAUGCUUUUUUCUGUUAAUAACCUUGAUUAAAUGAAUAUUGAAUAGAUUCAUAUUGCUAGGUAUAUUUUGUUAGAUAAUAUAGCUAAUCUUAUACGAAGUUCAGAGGUUGGUACAUUUCAUUGAACGAUACAUUUUUUUCCUUUAUCCUUUUUCCUGGAUUUUUAUCAUUGUCAGGAACCUGUCUUUAAUUCAGCCUGUCAAUUUUGUCUUUUGUUGUUUAGUGAUGUAAUCCAGUUAAUGUAGCCAAAGAAACGGCCAAACUGGGAACAACAGUUCAGUGUGAUUUUUUUUUAAAAUGCUUUUGUAUACAUGAUCCCUAAAAGUCCUUCAGAACACAUUUGAAAAAUAUAAAUUACAAUCAAUAGUAAUGGCUGAAAUGUCCAUGAAAUCAAUGUGGUAAACUAAUAUGUUGUAUGUUGAAAUGUAUAAAUAUUAGGAAUUACAAGAAAGGCGACAAAAUAGAGCCGUUGCACGGCUUACCUGAGCAGAAACUGCUACUUUCAUUUCUGGUGUUCAAGAACGGCUUGAGUUCAGGUGGAAUUCAGUAUCACUGUGAAUAUAUACAUUUGCACAGGAGCCGCACCUGAACUGUGACCUUGGGUUCCCAGAAACAAAAUGAAGUCUUCAGCUGGCAGAGAAGAGCAGCGCAAGAAGUAGGCGGUCAAGACAUGAAAAUCCUGAUGCAGUCUCACAGUUACGUGUCAGGUCCUCCCACUGCAUAAUAUAUGCCAGAGAUUAAGACUGUGACCUCAAGGUGUUCAUGUUUGACAGGAAAUGUUCAUUGACGUAAGAAAGGUGCUGGAAUUUUUUUAGAUAUCACCUUGUUGUAGGAGAUAUGAGAUGCAUUCAGUGUAUGUCUGUCAGCAGUACUUUAAGCUGUUUAGUUUAUAGGUGCCUCAGCAGAAUUAACUGCAUUUUGUGUGUUGGAAUUUUGUACGAAAAUCAUAUACAUAAAUUUAUAGUUAAAAUUGCAUUUCAAAAAACUCGGUGGGAUUUGAAGGGUACUAAACUGGCUGAAAUGAGGAAUAGUAAUGACUACUGUUCAAAAUGUUUCAGCAGUAAAUUCUGCACUAAAUUUUAAGUUGUACACCUUGUUUUUGUACAUAUUCGCUUCUCAAAUUCAACAAAUGACAACUGGGAUAUUCCAGUGCACAUAGUGCCUGAAGGAAUUACUGGUAUGGAUGCAUGAUGUCAUUUUUUUACUGUGAGCUGUUGUGUGAGUGUGUGUGUGUGUGUGUGUGUGUGUGUGUAUACACACAAGAGUAUGCAUUUACCUGUGUACAUAUACUCAGUAACUAACCAGAUCUGUGGAUAUUUUUCCUGUUUUCAACUACAGUUUUAAAGCACAUUCAUUAAAAUUGAAUUUGUA